GCCUGACAGAGGAUUUCAUUUUAGCUUGAGGGAUAAAAACAUUUCAGGAUUAAAAGUACCUGAUGCGUACAAUACAGUGAUUCAUCAUGCGAAUCAAAUACAGGGAAUAAACCUAACUCAAAGUUGAUAAAAAUCUUAUAUGAAUUAAAUGACAGUGAAACGGUCCACGAAUCUUUUCACCUUUUAAACGGGAACUAUCCAUAUAGAAUGUUGAAAAGGACAGCGAUUAAUACCUCACUGAAUCAAAACUAGAGAUUAUAAUUCUGUGUUUGUACAAACCACUGGAUAUCUUAAACAUACACUUAAAAACAUUUCUCCAUUUUAUUUUGGACAUUUGAUUUCAUACAUGAGGACAACAAAUUCAUGACAUUUAUGGAAGUUGGAAAUGGAAGUUAGAGUUUUAAGAAUUUUGAACGAAGCCAAUCAAGCCAAUCGAUUUCACCCGUACUCACAGAUUCCAACAAAACUUGGCAUGAAUAUACCUGCAGUACAGAAACUACCUUUAGACACCCAGACCUACACACCUCGCAGCAUGCCUGCGGCAAGUCCAAACACCACCAGCAGUCAGUCUAGUUCACAGAGCGGAAGCAUGAACGACCUCAGCAAAACAAAUCUGUAUAUACGUGGACUUAACCCUAAUACUACUGACAAAGAUUUAAUUAAUUUAUGCCAGCCAUAUGGCAAAAUCAUUUCAACGAAGGCCAUAUUAGAUGAAAAUACAAAAAAAUGCAAAGGAUAUGGUUUUGUUGAUUUUGAAUCUCACCAGGCAGCAGAGGUAGCUGUUCAGGCAUUACAAGCCCAGGGUAUUCAAGCACAAAUGGCCAAGCAACAAGAACAAGAUCCUACCAACUUAUACAUUGCCAAUUUGCCAAUACAAUAUACAGAAACACAUUUAGAAAAUAUGUUUAAGGAAUAUGGUACUGUUAUAUCUACAAGAAUUUUAAGAAACCCUGAUGGUGUCAGUAAAGGAGUGGGUUUUGCAAGAAUGGAAUCGAAAGAAAAAUGUGAACAAAUUAUAACUGUUUUUAAUGGAAAACUUGUACCAGGCAGUACAGAACCUAUGAUAGUCAAACUUGCUGAUGGUGGAAAUAAGAAAAAGACACCACAAGCUCUUACAAUUCCUACAAAAAUUUGGGCUGAUGCAACUAGAGAUUUACUAAUUCCAUCAUCUGCGUAUGCUGACCAAGCAAGUAUUAUAGCUCAACAAAAUGGACUUGCUGCCCAGCAGUUACUUAGCCAAGGCCUUCUCCCUAGAUACUCCAUGGCAACCACCCCCCAAACCACAUACCAAGUUCAUCAGUCAGCAGGUGCAGCAGGCUGGGUCCAUCCUAGUGGCUACAUAGUUCAACCACCAAUGGCCCAUUACCUGACUGGAAAUGCUGCUUACCAAUUCCCAUACGGUUCUAACUCAGCAGCUGGAGCAGGAGCUUUCCUACAACCUCUACAAUUAGAUGAACAUGGUUUAACCACAGAGGAUGCCUUACAGCAACAUUAUCAAAUCUUUACAUCUCAACCUUCAACAUUCACAUCAUGAUGAACCAAAGUGCCACAAGACAACCAAAAGAACAACAGCAAUGUUUACAGCAAUGGCUUCCCCUUUAUGUUACAACAAAAACAUCUUUAUUCACAAACGCUACCUCAUGAAAAUUGUCAUCCUUUUUUAAAAUCCUUCAGUUUUGCAUUGCAGCUACUCAAACAUUUUUCAUAGAUUUACAAGUAGUUUUUUAUUUUGUUUUCUGUUAUUGUCUUGCUUAUUAAAACCAGGUGAAAUCAAUCUUCUAGACUUUAAGUCACAAUUUAACCAUAAAAUUUUGUCUCUUCUUUCUUGUAACAACUAGGUGCUAGAAUCACUCUUUUUGUUUGAAAUGUGUAAUAUGCAUAAUCAAGCAGUUGAGAAAAUGUUUUUACUGUAUAAAGGGACAAAAUAUUAUGAGCGUCUUUCUUUUAAUUUGUAAUGUCUGUUGUUGGUUUACAAAGUGAAAUUGAGUAAAUUGAAGAGUGUGAUUUACAGCCUAGAAUUCUUGGUAUCUUUAUACCCUAUUUGUUAUAAACAUUGUAGAUUGUUGAUAUUUUUAUGCAAAUAGAAGAACAUUAGAUAUAGGUAAAUUAGAGUAGCCAUUUAAAAGUGAAUAGAAAAUGGCCAAAUGUCUUUGUGAAUAGAACAAAUAUUAAAGGAUACAUGUUUCUUAUAGUAAUAUAGUUGAAUUGACUUCUAAAGGACCAAUGGCGCUAUUCAUUAUGUUUGUUUGUUGAAAUAAGUUCUUCCAGUUUUCUAUGUGUCAGUAUGAUAUAUAUGUUAUCAAAAUAAAAGUAAAUAAAGAUCAAAUUAUACAUUGUCAUUUUGUAAAUUACAUUAAAUUUAAUAAUUUGUCCAUGAACAAUAAUUAAUAUUGAGUUAUAAAAAAAAAUCUGUGUACUUAUUUUUUCAUUGCUCUUCAAAAAGAAACAAAAAUACUUAGCAUAAUACCAAAGAUCUGUUUUGCUAUUUUAGAUGUCUUGUUUCUCAGGUCAUAUCACUAAAAAAAAUGUUUUUUUUAUUACAUUUCUUUGAUUUGGACACCAACUUCAGUAUAAAUAAUGUUAGUGCAUAUUUUCUAUACACUAGAUAGUGUUUAUUUGGAGACCUUGCAAGACCCUAUAGGUAGUCAAGGUUGUUAAAAACUACCAGAUUGGUCGUUCAUUUGGUGAAUAUGUAUGUUAAACUAGCAGCUUAAGAUUGAAUAUUAAUGCAAUAUAGUUGAACAUCCAAAUAGAGACACUUCAAUAAAAAGGAACAAACGCCUUCACUGGGCAUCAAUGUCAAAAUAUACCUGAGAAGUCAAACAUUUUUAAUAGCAAUGUGGCUAUCCCGGUACAGAAUAACUUAAUCCGAAAAUUUUAUUCUUUCAUCUUUUUGUACUUAAAUGAUUCCAAGAAAAAUCAAAAUCAAGCCUUCUUCAUGAAUGUAUUGUUUUAUAUGAAUUAUUAAAAGUUAAUUGCAGGGCAUUUACAAAUUUAGAAGUAAGAAUAAUAUAGAAUUGAUUUUUUUACUUAAAUCUUUUUUUAUAAUAGACCUAUAGUUGUAUACAUAUGCUCGUGAUAAUUUGAAGGGCAUUACCCGUGAUAUAUUUAUAAAGAAAAAUGUACAAUUUGAACAUUUUACCUUGAAAUAUUGAACUUUCAGGCUACUUUAAGAGGCCUUACAAUGAACAAAUAAAAAGUAAUUAAAGAUCAAGAUUUUAAUUUAUUUUCAAAGCCUUAUACAUUUUUAGUUGCAAAAUGCAACAAUUAUUUCAGUGAAAAAAAAGGUGUGAAAUAUUUUUAGUGAUGCACAUGGUGCAGUAAUGGAGGCAAAUGUAAAUAAAAACUGGGAGAAUUGAAAAAAUUGUAUAUAGUAACAAAGAAAUAAUCAUUUUGUUUAAGAUCAAUUAUUGGUUUUUUUUAUUAUUAUUUUUUUUGCUUUUUAGUUCUUUAAUUUGAUAUUGAUGAAUAUGUUUAAAUGUUUGUUAUAAAUCACAUUGUGAAUUUUAUUGUUUUUAAUAUUUUUAAAUAUUGUUUAGUUAUGUCAUUGAAUUUGAAUUUGAUAUAUGGUAGUGCAUCAUUCAUUACAGGUUUUAACCUUGAAGGCAUCUCCUAGUUCAAAGCACUACUUUCUCAUUUACUAUCUAUGUCUGCAGUAACCUACAGUUUAAAUAUGCUGUUAGUUAGCCUGACCCAGAAGCUAUAUGAUCAAUGUCCUCAUCUAAUUGCCAUUUAUAUAUUUUCUGUAAAGUUACAAACCUAGUCUUCAUGUUUAAAUCAUACAUCCAAAUGAAAAGCAAAGCAGAGGCAAUUCUGUAUUCUAAUUGGAUAAUUUAAAAAUUCUUCUAAUUUAAAGAAGAACAGAUGUUUUAUAAUUUGAUGAAUUCUGACUUUUGGAUUUGUUAUGUGCAUUUAUCUUUCAUUGGACAGCAAACUUGGCAGCUGCAUGACAGGUAAAUAAUAUUUAGGGACAAAAACUUGAAUUUAUUAAAAAUUUGAAAUCAAAAUAUUUUAAAGUUUGAUAUUUUUUGUCAAUGAAAUGAUAAAACUACAGCAAUAUGGAUUUAACUACCACAAAUGUUUGGUGUAAUUCAGAAAAACUACCUCCUAAUUCACAUGAAACAAAAUAACUCACUGCCUUUAUGUUCCAAUCAAGAUUCACAAUUUAUUGCUUGAUUUAUCUCCCUUUUAUAACGAAUUAUGUUUUUUUUUAUCUUAAGUGCAACCCUUCCUGAAUUGUAAGGUGGAUUUCCAAUCACAUGGCAAUUAAUGAUGAGGCUUUGGUCAUAUUUUUUAUAAGAGAGAAUUGAGUAUAACAUCUUGGACAGGAGUAUCAUUUUGAUGUCCUGUAUGAAUAAACCUAAAAUGGUAUACAAAUAGAAGCUUAGUUAUGCAGAAAUUAGUAUGUGAAAGAAAAUAAAAUGGUAGCAAAUGAACUUCCACAAUUGUACAGUCAUUGAUAAUUGUUUAUCCUAAUGUUGAAUUGUAUGCUGUAAAGAAAUUUAGUGCUUGGUAGAUAUGUUAGUUUGUAGAUAAUUGUUUCAUCCAGGUCAUAUUAUGUUUUUCAUGAUUAUGUAUAUGUUGGUUCACCAUUUCAGUCUAUCUUAACAUAUUCUUAUGUGUUGGAAUUUCAAAAUUAUUUUUGUUUUUAUUUAGUGUUUCACAAUUAGAGGAAAAAAACUAUAUUCUUUGGUUAUUACACUCUUUAUGAAAAGGACUGUUUUGUUUGCACUCAACACCCACUUAUACCAAUCCCCCAAUAAAAAAUAAAUAAAAAAGGAAUACAGAAUUUCCACUUAAGUUCAAAUCAAAAUGCAGAAAUUUUAUUUAGAACUUUGAGAGUAAUACUUUAAACUUUCCUCAAAAAUUUAUUUUGUAAAGACCAGAAGCUAUGGACGUGUAGUAAACCUGAAAUUAACUGUGUUACAUGCCUAGCCAUUAGGGAGGAUUGGUUUGUGUAGUAAUAGACAAUACAAUAUUGUUGAGAUUGACAACAUGGUAAAUGUUUUUCAUUGCUCAGGGUAAGGUGGGAUGUCCUCACUGUUUGUUGAUACCUCAGGUGAUGGAAUACUCAAUUAGUCUGUAGGUUUAGUUGCUUCUUAUACUUUUGGUGAGGACUGAAGAAAAGAGAAAAAAAACAUCACACCUCAUGCUGAUAGUGAAAUACUUAAGUUUUUAUUAUAGCAGAACAUCGAUUCUCAAAAACACAAAUGAUUAUCAAAUCUAUUCAUGUUUAGUUAUUGCUUCUAUAGUUUUGAUUUAACCCUGCUAAAAACACCAAAAAAAAACAUGUUUCGAAAUUUCUUGGUGUUCUAGAAAUCCAAAUGUCUGCUAAAUGUUAUAUUAUAGAAAUGUACGACCGUUGAAAUGCUUAAAUUAAAUUUUAUUUCUGAAUUUUUAUCAUAUAUCAUGUUUUAAGACGAAAAUGGUGGACCAUUAAUCUCAUUGUUAUUGAUAUUUUAAAAUGUUUAUUAUUGAUGAAUACUGGGGAGAGUUUAUGAGUAGGGAUUCCUAUUUGAAUAUUUUACAUUUUACUAUUGCGUAUUUGUUUUUAUUUUACAAUUUAUAAUUCAGUUUUUAUUACCUCACAAUUUUUUCUUUUGAAAAACGCAAUUAAUGCCAGGUUAUUCAUUCUCAGACCUAAAUAGAAAGUACAGAAUUAAUUCUGCUCUUUUUCAAUUUCCUCCAAAACAAAUUAUAUGUAUGUUUUACUGUUGAUCAAUUUUUAAAGAAAAUUUAUUUUCUAAAUAUUUUAUACAGCAAUAUUUUUAAUGUAGUCGAUUCUACAAAAUAUUUUGUCAAAACCAUUUAUUCCCCAUUUUGUAUUAUAUUUAAUUUUACUGUGUAAUACAUCAAAAAGUUUAAUCAUUUUGUAGAAUAAAGUCAGAACAAAUUUUUGUAUGGCAGAAAUGGCAGCGCUGUCAGUCAUAUCAAUAGCACAAAACUUAUCAUUCAAAAUUAGAAAAAGAAAGUAACCAUUUAAAGACACUUAGUUUUAGGAAUCUGCCCCACUUUGUCACAUACGAUACCACUGUGUGGUAAUAGCAUGUGGAAACAGUACUUUUGUACACAUAUUUCGUUUUCAGUGUGUGUGUGUGUGAAAUCGUUUGCAUGCAAAUUAAUUCCACUCACUUUUAUCUGCCUUUUAUUGAUUUUCAUGUCCGAGAUUGUUCAUAUGCAAAAUAUUUUUAGUGAAGAUAUUCAUAAGUUUUUAUUGGAGUUGUACAAACAUCAUCUUUUUUACAGUGCUUAGUUUAGGUUACAUGUAAAUAAUGUUCUUUCAUUUAAAUUUUUAAGAAUGGAUAACAUGGAGUGGUUUAUUUUAGGUCUUGAUAUGUCACUUUGUAGUACUGAUUUUUCAGUAAAAAUACAUUCAAUACACUGCUUCAUCAAGCUCAAAAUUUGAUUCAAUAUAACAAUGGUCACCUUCUUGUUAAACUUAAAUUUGUUAUUAAACAAUGAAUCGACCACUCCAUGUUUUUCCUUCAUCAUUAAUGCCAUGAAUGAGACCAAGAAUCAUUCUUUUUCUGCUUGUUUGAUUUAUGAAAGAUUUUUAAAAUCAUUCUGAAAAAAAUAUCAUCACAAUGGAAUAAAUGACUUCAUCUAAAAA